AUGAUGACAUCGAUUGAAAUCAUCGGCUUCGUUAGCGCCGUCGCCGACUUCCUCGACUUGGCCGCCGAGAACAUCACAGUCGCCCAGGAAUUCGGGAAUUCAGGCUCCGCUACGACGAAGGCCGACGUCGACUUGGAGCGCCGCAUCAAGUUGCUCGACGAACAGAUCAAUGCCGUUCAUCUGAGCGGGCCGGAAUUUGCAACGGAUGGCCAUGAGGCCAAGCUGCUCAUUCGUGUAGACAAAUGCCACGAUCUCACAGUGCGGCUUCUCUCGCUAUUGAAUGGAUUCAACUCGGCCAAAUAUGUCCUAGGUAAGGAGGAAAAACAGAGUUCGAUCGACGAAUUGGAAGAUUGGCGGUCAAAAGUUUAUCUUCGAAUAACAAAAGUAAUAAGACACGAUCUGAAACGCCUUCUUCGCGACAGAGGCAACCUAGGGUACAGCCUGAGGGCAGACCUAGAGGCCCUGGAGCACAGAAUUACGCCGUCGGAUGGAGCUGGAGAUAUAUAUAACCUUGGAUUCCUUGGAGUCAUGCGCAACGUUUUCAGCGACUUCAAAACGUGUCUUGCCGAGUACGCGCAGAAGCAGAUUCUUGACGAGCUGCGGGUUGAUGGCAUGAAAAACAGAUUUGAAGAGGUCGAAGAGGCACACAAGAACUCCUUUGCUUGGAUUCUAGACCCUGACUCACCCCUUGAAGAGGACACUUCCUUCGGUUCACAGGCACGCCAGCAGUUUGUGAUGUGGUCUCUCUACGGGCACGGCAUCAUCUACAUCUCUGGGAAGCCAGGGUCAGGAAAGUCCACUAUUAUGAAAUAUCUUUGCCAAAGCUCAAAGAUGAAGAAGCAUCUACGUGAUUGGGCCGGUGAAAAGUCCUUGCUAAUGGCGAGUUUCUUCUUCUGGCAGCUCGGGGCGGAUAUGCAAAAGUCUCUUGAUGGUAUGUGCCGUGGGCUGCUAUUUUCGGUGUUGGAAGAAGUGCCGACACUAAUACAGACUGUGUUUCCAAAACACUAUCAGUCUAUCAUGAAGGAACGACCGCUGCAAGUCCGCUCUUCAGACCUGGACGUGGCUCUGAAAUUGCUUCUCGACCAAACCAACUUUUUCACUUCGCACAAACUUGCGUUUUUCAUCGACGGCCUUGAUGAGCUCGACGGAGACCAUGACCAUCUGACGAAAAUACUUCUCGAAUGGGCCAGGAAUUAUGGAGAGAGUGUCAAGCUUUGUGUGUCAAGUCGAGAAUGGAAGGUAUUCAGAGAACAGCUAGCCGGUUAUCCAAAUAUCCGGCUUCAAGACCUCACAACUCGCAAUAUCAGCAGCUACGUCAACCAAGAAUUACUAGAAAACGAGGAGUUUCUACGUUAUUCGAAAAAAAAGCCCCAAGAUUCUGGAACUGGUAAAACACAUUACUGA